AUGCCUUCGAUAGUCCUUGUUUCUGAAAUCAUAUAUAAUGCAUCUAAAGGCUCCAAAUUCUUCAAUCGCGAAGAAGAACGAGACAAGAACCUGACUCAAAAGAUCGAACAAAUCAUUGCUCGCAAGACUCAAUUGGAGAAGAGAGACCUUACCCGCGACUUGCGCAACGCUGAUCGUCUCAUCGCCGAGCUUGAGCUUACCCGUGACUUGACUCAGCAUAUAGUACACGUUGAUUGCGAUGCAUUUUACGCAGCGGUUGAGCAGCUUGAUCGCCCUGAGAUAAAAGAUCUCCCGUUUGCUGUCGGCGGUGGCGUCUUGACUACAUGCAAUUAUGUUGCUCGAAAGUUUGGUUGUCGAUCAGGUAUGGCUGGCUUCGUAGCCAAGAAGCUAUGUCCGAACUUGAUCCUCCUCAAACCCAACUUUCAAAAGUACACCGCUAAAGCGCAUGAGGUCCGGGAAGUUCUUGUCAACUACGACCCGCGCUUUGAGAGUGCUUCGAUUGAUGAGGCGUACUUGAACAUUACAGAGUACUGCCAGGAACAUCAGAUGGGCCCAGCAGAGGUUGUCGAGCAGAUGAGGAGAGAAGUUCACCAAAAGACAAAUAUCACCGUCUCUGCUGGUAUUGCAGCCAAUGCAAGACUUGCAAAGAUUUGCUCAAAUAUGAACAAGCCCAACGGCCAAUACGUUUUAUCCAGCGACCGACCCACCAUCUUGGCUUUCAUGCGCGACUUAUCAACGCGGAGCGUCAAUGGCAUAGGCCGAGUUCUUGAAAGGGAACUUUUAGAAAUUGGUAUCAAGACUUGCGGUGACCUCUACGAGCAUCGCCAGUACUUGAAUCCACUAUUUGGCGAGAAAACCUCCGAGUUUCUGUUCACAUGCUAUUUAGGACUUGGACGCACCAAGAUCCAGCCAGCGGAAGAAUACGAGCGUAAGAGUGUUGGUACUGAGAGCACAUUCCGCGACAUGUCUGAUCCAACACAACUUCGAGAAAAGCUCCGCUCAACAGCCGAAGAUUUAGAACAGGAUAUGAAGCGUGCGGAAUGUAAAGGUCGGACCCUAUGCCUCAAGGUGAAACUUCAUACUUUCGAAGUUUUCACUCGUCAGGCCGUCCUUCCGAGAGCCAUAUGGCUCGCUGAUGACCUAUACAACUAUGCCCUCCCUAUUCUCACUAAGCUGGAACAAGAUAUGCCUGGCAUGAGGCUGCGGUUGAUGGGUUUGAGGUGCACACAUCUCGUCAAAACAAAGAAACCCGACACCAUGGCUUUCUUUGGCUUCAAGCCUCGACGUACAGAUUCUGAAGAACGCAAACCAGAAGAGACCCUAAAGAGGAAGGCAAGUGACGAUGGUGAAUGGGAGCAAUGGCCAGAAGCCGAUUUUCAACUUGAAGACGCAGAUGGUCUCCUUGAAGGUUCUUCCAGUAACCAAGAUACUCCUGAACAAUCGCCAGGUCGCAGACAUGGCAAGGAGAUUGUCCCUAAUCCCAUCAAAGCGGGUGCUGUUGAAGAGCAAUGGUGGGAUUGCCCCAUAUGCAGUAGGCCGCAAGCUGCCAAUGAACGACAAUUCAAUGAGCAUAUCGACCUUUGCUUGUCGAGGCAGACGAUCCGCGAGGCUAUCCAAACGGAUAGCACAUCAAUAAGACGCGACCCGACGCCAGAAAGUAAAAGGCCACGGACGAUAGAGAAGAAGAGAGGGAGGCCAAAAGUGCCAGAUCCCAAACAGAAACAGCUGUUCUUUGGAUAG